AUGCUCUCUUCAUCAUGGGAUUUCAACGCACCACCUACGACCCGAGAGUAUACAUGGGUAGUAUCCGAUCACAUUCUCAACCCAGAUGGUGUGUAUCGACCCAUGAUACUCAUCAACGGCACCUUUCCUGGACCGCUUAUCGAGUGUAACGAAGGCGACGAGCUUGUUAUUAAUGUUCAGAACCAAGCCAUCAACGCUACUACUUUCCAUUGGCACGGUCUCUAUCAAAAUGGCACGAAUUGGAUGGACGGAACGGUGGGGGUGACGCAAUGUCCUAUUGCCCCGGGUCACUCGUUUACAUACCGAUUCAACGUAUCAGGGCAGACAGGAACGUACUGGUACCAUUCGCACGUCGGCAUGCAAGCGUCAGAUGGUUUAGUGGGACCUCUUAUCAUUCAUGCCAGGGGUAGAGAAGAGAAAGAUGCUUUGCAAAAGGUAUCGUAUGAGCAAGACCGCGUAGUCAUGGUAUCGGACUACUACUACGAUCUCUCUUCCGACCUACUCAUGCAGUACCUCGCCCCUGGCAGCGAGAACGACGAACCCGUUCCGCCCUCCGCCUUGAUCAACGGAAGGAACAUGCGAGACUGCGCCGACUUGCCGAAUCGAAACUGUUCUUCCUCUGGCACCAGUAACGUCUUGUUCAACCUAUCUCGUACCAGCAACACACGACUCCGCAUCAUCAACGUCGGAGCAUUCGCAGAAUUUGCUCUACAAAUCGACGAACACGAGUUCCAAGUCACAGAAGUCGAUGGCACGGAUGUACACCCCCAGUCUAUCCAUCGACUGAACAUCAAUCCUGCGCAACGAUACAGCAUCAUCGUGAGGCCACCAAAAGAGGAGGAAAACCAAGGCAUGUACUGGAUACGUGCGAGGAUGAUAACCCACUGUUUUGCAUACGAAGAGCCAGAACUACAAGAAGAAGUCAGAGGCGUACUAUACUAUCCUUCUGCAAACGACGACACGAAAAACCUCAUCCCAGCAAGUAGAGACUGGCCCGAAAUCAUCGACGUAGAAUGCCGAGAUCUAAACACCUCAACCCUAGCCCCCGUCAUCGCAAUUCCAGCCCCAGAAAACGAUCCUCAGCACACCCUCUACCUGCGCUCAUCGUUCCAAAUCCGCGACUGGAGGCUCUCGCGGGGCUAUCUGAAUGACAGUUCCUUCCGCAUCAAUGCCACAUCACCGCUUCUAAACACUUUGCUCUCAACACAAACUCCCGAGACGAAGGUGCAAGAGGGCAUACUGGACACACGCCCCUUCGACUCAGUUCACCAGCUCAUCUACCAGACCGAAUCUACACGCACCAUAACGAUCUUGAUACAGAACCUCGACGAUGGAACACACCCCUUCCAUCUGCAUGGCUACAAAUUCUUCGUCUUGGCCCAGGGACACGGGUAUCCGCCUUCUACUCUGCUCUCCCCUAGUCACGUUGACGACCACAUAAAUGUAACGAAUCCGUUAAGGAGGGAUACGGCGAGUGUGGAGGCGUAUGGGUGGUUGUUGAUAAGCUUUGUGGCGGAUAAUCCAGGAGUGUGGUUGGUAAGUUCUGACUGUACGAAGCGCAUGUGA